UUAUCGUGGACAAUCGGUGAUAAUCGAACAACGAACAUCGCGAUAAGGAACGGAUAAGUGGUAUGUUAAGAACAGAGAGGUUAGUGCAUCGUGCGAUAUCGGGUUCAGCCGGACGCUCUCCAUACGCGAAAUGCAUUUCCUUUCUCGGCUCGUAACUGGUGCGUAAGUGGUGCCGGGGAAAUAACAACCGAUUCCGCGCACACGCGUUCACCAUAUUGUUGUGAAGUUCCUCGUGCAGAUUAUCUGGCACAGGAGAAACUUUUUAGUUUCGAUAUCCCGCACGAGGAUUAACGCCGCGCGGAUAAUUGCCGACAGACCAAUUAGCACGAGAGGAAUUAACACGCGUUUCACGGCUGCGGAUAUUUAAAGGCUAUCGUUUGAUCGUAUUUACCAGAAGAUAAUUACAUUGUCGCGAGGUUAACAAGGGUCUCGGAGGAAAAUUGGUUUAAAAAUCGAGCAGGGUUGUAAAAGAGGCCUCGGCUAAAAUUCAAUCAAUGUGGAACACUCGAGAAGUAAGGAAAGUACGGCCACCCAAUAACGACCGCAUUUGCAUGGAGCGAAUGAAUUAGGGUUGGUGAGUACCUCGGGAAUCUUCGAGCUUCUCUUCCGGCUUUGUGAAUUGGGUCGAGGCAAUUUCUAUGCAAAGUAUCGGCGGGCAUAAAGCGAAUUCUCCAACAGCCACGUCUAAUCUAAGAGCGCGGAGGUGGGUCGUCGCGACGCCCCGCGUCGUACGUGCGCUUUCGGGAUUAUAUUUCCGGUCAAAAUUAGCUGCAACGGUUGAAAGCUCCAUUUGAAUCAAAUUUGCCAGCGACAAUAUGCAGGAGAUGCAAACGAAUAAACGAGAAUAUAAUAAUACCGAGAGUGUAAAUUUAAUAAAAGGGAAAAGCAAUAAAGAAAAUUCCAAGAUGGAUAAUCGUUCAACGACCAAAUUAUGGAAUCUGACGAAUGGGAGAGCAACUACUACUUUCGUAGCAGGAAGAAAGUUAAUUAUUCUACUCUACUUGAAACCAACUCGUGUAAUUCUUAUUCCAGUUGGAGAAUCUUGAGAGGUAACAAGGAAGCAAAGCGGGGUAAACGUUGUCAUCGCGUAUUUCACGAGGUCGCGCGUAUCGAAACGGCGAUUUAUCGAGGCUUGAACGAUGACUGCGCCGUAUCCUGACACGUACACACACACACAUAAAAGGAGGAUCGUAAGUUCUCGAUGGAAGCUCGCCCCUCGAAGCCAGAUAUAUUUCUUCGGUUGAUCCCGUGACACGGUAUACGCGAUAUACAGUUACGAAAGUUGCGUAACAGGGCCUCGAACGUGGCCACGUUGUAAACAUAAAAAAAUAACGGUACAGGCUGCGCAAUGGACAUUGUGUUCGGCCACCCUGCCGCUCGUUACAGUCGCCUCUCUUAGCUUUCGAGGCUCCCGCUUUCCUUUUAAUUAGCCUGUAUUUUUUUUCGGAAUUUUAUUAAACACAGUGCUCGUAAAGUGGUCGAUCGAAACGAAGAAGUUUUCGCAUUUUUUUCAAUCUCCUCCCCCGAGUCAAUUAAUUUCUCGUAAUUUUCUGAGAGAUAUACGAUUAUUGCACGAUAUACGGUGAUUGGAAUACGAUUGUUAAUUUCGUUAUAUUAUUCUGGACAUCUUCCUUUUUAAUUUCUUCAAUCCCUUUGCGUAAUUGGAAUGAUGUGCGAUUAUUGUUCGAUGUGUGACGAUUAUAUAUACGAUUGGUAUAAAUUCUUUGCUUUAUUCUUUUAUAAAUUUAUAUCGAUUAUUUCCUCGAGUGGAAGGAGUAUGAAAAUUUGGGAUUUUUAAUCGAUCUUGGUAAUUUCGAUAAUUCUCUAUAUCUCUACAUUACGUAUUUACAUUACGUAUACGAUGUUUUCACAAUGAUCGCAUACGUGCGUACAAAUUUAGAAAGAAAAUUCAUCAAAUUCAUCCUAUGCUAUCCUAUUUUGAGAUCGUAUCUCAAAUACGAUGAUUCCUAGAUAAAUAAACACUUGCAAAUAGUCUAAAGUUUCGCGAUUCAGCCCGAAACCGCAAGACAUGACAAGAGGAUCACGAGGAUGCACGGCCAGAUUGCUUGACACGAAUUACAUCUUCGGCUCAAGGUUGUCCAAGAAACCUAAAUUUACUUAACUGUCGUCAAAUUGACUUUAGACGGGUCGAGAAAGUUUGCACGGCCUCGAAAUCGGUCUCCAUUAAAGAAGCAAUUACUCGGAAUAAACGAUACGUACGGAAUCGCGUGCCGCCACGAGGUAAUUGCAAGAUUUGCGUCUCCGUGGAUCGGAAUCUCUUCUUUUCAGCGUUUAAACUUAUAUUAGAAACUCGAGGAGAUUCGAGGAAAAUCGGCGGAGGAACGAAAAGUGAAAACAAAGAGUAAUUGUUCUCAGCAUUUGUUUUUCUUAAAUCUUCGAAAUCUUGCGAGAACGAGACAUAUACUUUCGAACGUGUAAUAAAUUCGUUAAACUUUACAAGUUUUUGCGAAAAAGUUCGCGAUUAUUUUUCCACGUAUGUGUAACAACGAGAACGAGAAUGUGUGCCACGCCGAGAAGAUUUCUUAAGAAGUUCUCUUUAGUUAGAACGAUAUCAUCUUAACGCGCGCGUCCGCUAAUUCGAAGGCGUGUUCGACGAGUGAAGUCUCGUCGUUCCCCCUGCUUCAUCGAGCGUCCUCAUUUCCGCGGUAUAUACGCAACGUACGAAAUGUUAAGCUUCCUCUCUCCUUCUCCCUUCAUCCCAUUCGUUCCCCGGCAUAACAACAUAUUUUAAGCCUGCCAAAGGAAAAUAAUGCGUUCCGCGCGACUUGCCACACCGCACAUGCCUCCAGAGAGCCGCCUCGUAUAUUCCGCGAAACGUUGCGUUUACCAUAGUAAAAAUUCUCUAUGUGGAUACGUGGUAAAUUUCGGUGGCUCGAUUCUAUGCAUCCACUUUACGAUCACGGCUAAGGUUAUUUACAAUAAUUGCUCGAAUCUCGAAAUCUUUGGAUAUAAAAGAGAGAGAGAGAAAAAAAAAACUUGCGAAACUUCGGUGCAGGUAUUAUUUCAUAGAAUCUUGGAAUCUUCUAACUGUUUUUCCGUAUGUUGCACAACUGUGCGGAGCAGGGAGGGAGAGCAUCGAUCGAUUAUUUCCUCGAAAUAUUUAUUACUUGGCUCGGUUACGUUUCGACUUGUUUCUUUCGUGUAUUCUUUUUUGUCGUUGAGUUUGCCGUGAGAAAUAUGGAUGACCCUAAUAAAAAUUUCUUAUAAAAUUCUAUACCCAAUCCUCAUCGCUAACGAUCAUCGGUAGAUUCGGGUGAAUUAUCAUUUCUCGCAGGAAAAAAAAUGUAACAAAAAAUUAUUAGUUUUUAUACUUAUCGAUGGGGAUAACGUACAAUUCAAAAAAGUUUUUGAAAAGAAGAGAGAGGAAAAACGUGUUCCCAAAAAGAAAAAAAAGAGGGAACUAAAGUAUCCACUGUGCAAAAAAAUAACCCCACGAAGAAUCAUACUUACAAUUGAGGUCAAAAUUCCUCUCCUCGAUCUAAUACCUCUACAGACGUAUCGUAUUCUACAAGGCAUCGCCUACAUUCAUCACGAUUCAAUUAUCCGCUCCCUGAAAAAAGACCCUCGAUGUCUCGAAACUGCUAAAGCCCACUCGAGGGAGCUCUCUCUCUCUCUCUCUCAAAGUUGAAUCUCGUUGCAAUCGUCUGUAUAUCUCUUCACAAUGGUAUCGAAAGGUUCUCGAUGCCAAGUUUCCCUCCUACAAGAUUACAUUAGCAUGUACAAUGCGCUCGAUGCUCUCUCCAACGGUGUGAUGCGUCCUAUCAUGGACGUAUUCAAACGAAAUUCUACGCUCCGCGACAAUACUAAUCGCGAAUGAUGCUCCAAUUCCGCUUCGUUUCGCUCCGUCCAACGAAUUUUAUUCCACGACAAUACCAUUCCACGAAUAAUCCGAUUCGAUCGUAUCCGACGAGAUUCGUUCGAGAUUAAUAUUCGGCAUGAAAUCGUCCAAUGAAAUUUUUCAUUCCACGACAAUGCUAAUGGCUUUCCAAUUAGAGACCAUCACGUUGAUCUUAUCUAAAAUCAAAAUUUGUUCCACGACAAUAUUAAAUUAUAUGAUACGAUACAAUGCAAAUCCACAACUUACGUGUGACGUCUUAAUUUCGUAAUUAUUAAUCGUCCAAUCCGUUCCGAUUCAUUCAUCUAUGAAAUGUCCAAUUUCUCAAAUAAAAUAAUUGUUCGAGAUCCGAGAGCGUAACGCACGAUAGGAUAGGAUCGUAUCCAAUAAAUAUUACAUUCCAUACGUUAAAGAAUGGAGUCCCAACAGGUUUAACGGCGCAUCCAAGAGGAGAUUCGUUCCACGACAAUAUUAAUCGCGAGCAACGUUCCAAUUCUGUUUGAAGCAUCGCGUGACGUGGUUGUUUCCCUCGAACAAACAAUCUAUUAUCGCGAUGCAUCCGCUCAAAGGCAAAGCGAAGGCUUCUCCUCGACUAAACGCCACGAACGUUUACGCCUCGACGCCCUAUCCUCUCGAUGGAUUUGAUUUGGGUGGGCGUUCUCCGCUUCCAUUAGCGGCGAACGUCCCGAUUAAACCACGCGCGACACAAUGCAUUUCGCUAAUAAUAGGCGAUCGACGUAUUAGAUUAAAGGGCAGGCGUGUGUUUCGCUAUGUCGAAGAGCUCGUUCGUCGAGAUGUACCAUGUACACGGGGAGGAGGAGGAGGAGUUCGAACAACUGCUCUUAAGUAAGUAUACCUCACGAUCCGCGUGUAGUUGCUUAAUUAAUUAACUUUGCGAUACUUGAAAUUUUCGUAGAAUUAUCAAACUAUAAAUUUUCUUCUGAAGAAAAUUAACAGGUGUCGAGAGGGAAAGUAAGAAGUUCGAAGUUACAAGGAAUUUUUUAUGGAGCCUGUAAAAAUAAGUGGUUAUUUUUAACACGAUGUUUCGUUUCAAGGAAAAUCGAAAUGUGAAGUUUUGUGCAUUUUAAGAAGGAGUUCAAUUGACUUUAUUUCUCAAGUGCAUGCGCGUAAAAUUUCAUAACCGAUUUUCUCGAGAACGAAGCCUCAAUAUCAAAUAAUUAUUAUUCUUUCCGAACGAAAAUUUAUCCGCCUUUCAAAAACUAUUAUUAUUUACAAAUCAUUGAUGAAAGAAACAAACAAUUUCAACAAACAACAAACAAAUUCGAGUAUCGUCUCGAAUUUCCCACCUAAUAUCAAUCCCAAUGAAAAUUAUCCCCACAUAUCCUUCCUCUACUUUCCCCUUGGAUACCUCAUCAAUAUCGUCGAAUAUCACGUUUCUGCGCGCGUUGCAUUUCCACUUUCCACGAAAAUCUCGCGAUUAAAACGAGGCUUAAUGCAUGCUCAUAAUCGUGGCAACGAUGAUUAGCCGAUGAAGCCUGUUAAACGAAAUGGGACGAUGACGGUGCAACAACGGUGUAUCACGCGAGACUCGUUGAUCUCUAAAUUACCGAAGGGUGUUUCGCGUCGUUUUUUCCCUCUCCCUCUCCCUCUCUCUUUCUCUCUCGCAAAACUGCUCUUCUCGAAACACAAACGGCCACAGUAGUUGCGAUCCAUAAGUAGCUCGGGCUAAUGCGCUGCGGUUUCGCCUUCUCACGCCUAAGCGAACCUUACAAAUUGGCCGGCGGAAUUUUAUGGAUUGAAUCACGGCGAUCCGAUUCAUGUCCGUGACCCGACGUCUUCCUUAAUCCUCCGCGAUUCUGGAUUGCGAGCGAACGAUCCACGAACGAUUUACGUUCGAAGAGAGAUGUGAUGUCGAUAAAAAUCGAGAUGUUUGAUGCUAUAUGAAUUUAUGGUCCGACUGAAAGAGGAUUGGGAGAGAGGAAUCCACUUUACGGGGAGUACUCGUAAACAGCAUCGAUUCGGUUGGCAAACAAUCGAGAAUCCAAUAUCCAAAGUGCAAGCUAAGGGAUUCGAGGAGGAAACAGGCAAUUCGAUCGAUCCACUCUCCGGCCGAGUGGAGCUUGGAAGGGGUGAAAAACUAGGGAAGAACUUGCCGAGAUGAAUUUUAAUUUUUAGAUUUUAAAAGUUCAAUUGAUCAAAGUUUACUGCGUAAAUUCGAACGGUUGAUCGUCGACUUUAGGCUGUCAAUCAAUUUUUGGUACACUUCAGAAUCGAUAGUUUGAUAAAUUAACUUGUGCACGAUUUCAAUACUGAUUACAUCGCGCUUACGACCCUAAUGACUUUAAGCUCCAUUAACCGAAUCGAUUGCACGUAACUUAAAUUUCAAAUUGAUUUAAUGUAAAAAAAAAAAGUUAUUUAGUCUACAAAUCUAUUAUGAAUAUUUUAAUACAGGUAUUUUAUAAAAUUUAAUCUAUAACGCGGCUUUUUUUUAUUUUACAUAUUUGGUUGGAACAAAAAGUAUAUAUAUAUACUUUUAUACCAUUAUCAGAAGAAUAAUUAAGAAUCGAAGAAUGAAACGAUCGAACAAUGAAAACGUUUCACAUGAUUCUCCAGUCCACUUGGUUUUUCCCAGUAUCACCUUUUCAAGUAACGCGAUGCACCCGUUCCACGAACAAUGAAUCAUUCCCGUGGCCUUACGACCACGCUUUUAAUCAAACUUUCCAGCGGAUCCGAUCGUUAUCGCGCCAGGAAACACGAGUCGGAAUGUUCGAAUAGAAGAAAUGCGGCGAGAACAGAUACAAAUUUCCCCUAUUAAAACAAAACUUCACGAGCAAUCGAUGCAAGCAUUUAAAUCGCUUUUGAUCAUCGGGGGCAAAUUAUAUAUUGUGCGUGAAAAAAAAUUGCGAAUGAACGAUGUUUUCAUUGAUCGUGUGUCGUAGAACGAGUUGUGGAACGAAAGUUGUGGACGAAAAAUAGAAAUGAAAGGAAGAAUGAUGAUUGAACAAUUACGAAUUAACUCUAGUAGUUGUCUAUCUCGUCUUCGUGAAAGUAUAGUACGAAUUAUUUCAUACUUAGACGAAGAAAAUGUAUACACGUAAAGUUACAAAGUUCUACGAACCAAAGUAUUAUUUGAAAAGAGAAACGAUGGUUCCCUUAACGAAGGGUCGGUUAAGUAGAGAAUAGGGAAAAGAUGAAGGGAACUUGAAGCGAGGUGGCACAGUAUGAAAGCAGUUUACUUCGCUCGAGACGAGAGCAACUCAAAGUUCUUGAAACCGUUGAAACAAUACUUUAACCACUUUGUGUACUUACGCUCUUCGAGCAGGUUGCUCCUCGUCUCGCUCGACCAAUUUACGAAUCGAGAAUGAAAGCGACUUGGAAGAACACGUGUACGCGCGUGUCCUCUUAAAUGUUAUAGUAUAAACUGUUUUGUGUGAAAAGAAAGAAAGAGAGAAAGAAAGAAAGAAAAGCAAGGGUGGAAAACAAGGAAAGCUGGGUUUCGGUUGAACUUAUCGUUAAAAAACGAACAUAAAAUGGCACAGCUUUCCUCGUCACCCAAGGGGUACUGUGCCGGAACGCGUUCCCGUUUUUUUACAUGGCGGGGAUCCCCAGGAGGCCUACACCAUGCCACACGAUAUUCCGUGUGGAACAAAUCAAAGAAACAGGGAAAGAAGAAAAAAAACAAAGAUAAGAUAUAUAUAUUUCGUGGUAUUUGAAAAAUAAUAAAGAGAUCGAGAAGAGAAGUGUAUAAUCCUUAAGCCAUCAGUCUCGUGGAUGUAUAUCAAAUCUCGUAAGAAGUUCAUCUUUCUGAUUUCGAAGUUCUUAAAUAAAUUAAUUGUAGUCGUGCGGACGAUUUCCGGAGCGAGGGGCGUUUAAACGUUAUCGCAAUGACCCACGAAUACCGAUCGGUUGCAAACUCCAUUUACGAGGCGAAAGUGUUUCGAAUCAUUAAUGAUCCGUCGUCGCGUAUUUUUCCUGCUCGCGUUCGAUUACGUGCCCACGUGCAACUGCACUUUCUACGGCCGUCCUAAUCGGGGAAUGGACCGAUCGAACGAGUCGUUUAAUCCUUCCACCGAUUUACUUUUGUAAACCUCGACUAGAUUAUCGGUAUUCGAAGAGGCCACGCGAUGACGAUACGCUCUUCGAGGCGUCGGAGGAACAUCAACAGGAAUAUCAUCUCCUGAUCGAAGCGAAGAAUGGAAUUUUCUAAAACGCAUGAAUGAGAAGACAUUGGAUGAACGAAAAAGAGAGAAAGAGAGAGAAAAAAAUAUUAAUUCUAAACGACGCCUCGAUAGAGCUUUUUCGAAAAGGGGUGAAACACCGAAAUCGUCCGUGUGACCACGGGAUGGGUGUGAAACUUAUCGCUAAACACCGGCAUACGCACUAUGCCGGUGCGUGGGUACCUUAUACGCUAAUCCACUUAAUCGACUACCUGCUUGUAUACCUCUUCGAUGGAACAGAGAGAAAGAUCGGAAAAAACGGAGAAGAAGAGCCACUAACACGUUCGAGGCCGAGGUGCGCGACACACCGAUCACCGGAACUCAAAGAGGUGGCCACGUUACGGAAACAGGAUCUUUUAUACCCUGGAAAUUAUUGAUUUUCAUCGGUCCGCCAGGCCGGUGGCACGUGCGCAGGUCCUUGACGAACGGCGCACGAGCACCACUGCCAAACGCGAAAAAUAAAGGGAGGAGGGAAAAGAGAAAAAUAAGGGAUACUUUUUCGAGAAAGUCGCUCGUCCCUGAUGGGAUCGUUUUCACGUGCCAACGACGUUACGACGACCGAUUUUAUGAAGGACGAUAAACCUAAGGCCGAAGAAAUAGCGCAAUUCGUCCAGAGUAAUCGUGAGAGAAUUGUUAUUGCUAUUUAGAUAAUGCAACGAUUUCUGACUGACGGAUCUGAUCUCUCGUUUUCGAGGUUCGAAGCUCGUGAAAUUUUAUGGAAAGAUAAUAUUGGGAUAAUAUGUGGUUACUUGGAUGAUAUAAAUAGCGCGUAAAAAAUAUAUAUGCAUCGCGCAAGGGGUGGCUGAACGAAUGAGAAUUAUAAAUAAAAUGGAGAAUGAAAAAUAAAAUCGAUGAAUUAUUUUUAUUAUACCAAAUUUGAAUAGGAUUUAUAAAGAAAUAUUAAAUUUAUUUAAUACGCGUACCAACGAUUUGUCUUAUUUGUUGAUAUUUCUACUUGUAAAUGGCAAUGUAUAAAAUUUCUAAUGUUACGGUGUUUUAGGUUUGGCAAUUUAUGAAGUAAUUUCUCGAAUUCUUUUGAUAAAAUUUAGAUUACGUUUAUGUAGCUUAAUUAAAACUUUCUAAGAAGUUUCAUGUUUGUAAAAUUAACUUCACACAAAUAUAUAUGCGUAAUGUUUUAUGAAUAAUAAAGAGAAUGAAAUUCUCGAUAAAAGUAUUUAUGAUUAUAAAUUCUCUGUAAGAAAUUUCUGUUUAUAAAUUCUAUGGAAAUUUAAUGAAGCAGUUAUAUACGACAUUAGUACCCUCUGACGGAGAACUAUAAAAGUUAUUUCAUUAAGGAACUGGGUCAUCAGGCUUACCAAUCUUUACUAUAUUUAAUUUUUUAUUAAAUCUAAUUUCCAAACAUUAUUUAUAUAAAAUUUAUUUAGUUGUAAAUAAUUGAUUUCUAUAAAAAUAAAUGAAAAAUAAAUUAUUUUUAAACCGCAAUGUUAUCAGAUUCAUUAUUGGAAUUGAAUUUUUAAAUUUAGACAUUCGGAUCUAGGAUCUUUUAUUUAUCAGUUUAUGACGAAAUAUAUAAUUUUGUUUACAUAUUCUUAGUAGAUGACGUAUGUUUUGCGUAGUUCACGAUUAAUAAAUGGUAGCAAUAACAAUUAUGAAUAUUAGUUUCUAUAUAAAUGAAAGUUACGAUGGUUAGACAUAAUUAUAUUAAAAUGCAGAAAUCACAGAUUGAUAAUUUGACAUGGUCAUUUGAUACAAAUGAAAAUAUCAAUUCUCAUGAUCCAUGGGCAGAACUUAGCCAGAGCUAUGCUUUUACUGAAAAUGACAGAAUAUUAAAUUUAAAUAAUUUUGAAUAUCCUGAACUUGGUGAUAGAUAUAUCAAGGGUAAAAAGUCAAUUAUACCAAGAGAAGUUUGUUUGUCAACAUCUAACAAUAUACAGAUUUUGUUACCCAUGGAGGAGACAAGCAUGGAACCAAAAAGAUCAAAAUUUUUAAGAAGAUAUAAAAAAUCAAAUAAAAUUUGUAUCAAUCUUCAAGAAGCAUUACAGAAUACAUUAUGUGCUAAUAAAAUGAACAAACAAGUUCCAAAAUUAAGGAUUAAUCUCUACAUGGGUAAUCUUGGUUUUAAUGUGCCAAGUAGAUUGGAUAAAAACAAAUGUUCUGAUCUUAGAAAAGUUAGAAUUUGUAUUUCUAAAGACAAAAAACCUUCAAAAUUAAAGAGAAUAAUUCUUUUAAAUCGUAAUAUGAAAGCACAGAUUAAUAAUGAGAAAAGAGAAGAAUUUGAACGUAAAAAAGUAGAAGCUAUCUGUAGAGAUGUUGAUACUAUUGAUUUUAAUGCUUUGAAAAUUAGUGCAGAGCCAGAGAUAGACUAUGUUAGAAAUAUGUGGACAAUGGCACUGUAUGAUAAAAAUUACAGAAAUAUAAAUGAUAUAAAUAUUUCUGACAAUACUCUAUGUCACAGACCUGAUGUAAUUGAAAGGAUAAAUGAUCUUGGAAUUCAAGGAAUGCAAUUGACAAAUAGGCUAGUGAAAGGAAAUAAUAGAACAAAUUUUUCUCACUUUAUUACUGAUAUUAUUGAAAAUGACAUUGUUAAACAGACUCUCUCUCUUCAAAUUAAUGAUGAUAUUAAGUCAGAAGUUCAAACUAGUACAGAAAUAGAUGAUAAAAAUUUCCCAAAAUUUUCUCGUAACUUUAGAGAAUAUUGUACUAAUACGUUAACGAAAAGUUUGAACGACGCUCUCGAAGAAUUUCUACGAGAAAUCACAAGGCUUCAAAGAAGAUUUCACGAGAAAAAUCCAAAUAAAUCUAAGUAUAAACGGCGCUAUUAUUCUGGUUUGAAAGAAGUUCGUAAACACGUUGAUUUGAAAAAGCUUAAACUCGUGAUUAUAGCUCCUGAUAUAGAAAAAGUUGAACUAGAAGACGGAUUAGACGAUCAAAUCGAUAAAUUGAUGGAUACGUGUAGAAAGCAAAAUGUAGUUUUCUGUUUCGGAUUGCGAAGAAGGAAGUUAGGAUAUUAUACUCACGGAAAUGGAUUCGUAGGAUGUGUUGGCAUCGCAAAUUAUGGUGGAAUCGAACUACUUUUCAAGAACGUUUUGACAGAGCUUGUGGUUGCGAGGAACGCGUUCAAAAAAUUAAAUGGCGCCAUAGAAACGACUAUCGAUAUAUCGAAAGUGAUCUCGGACGAUUUCUUGCUUUCAGAAAAUAUUAAUGCUCUUUUGAAAGUUUUAUCUCAAGAUAAAAAUAUAAUUGAAUGUGCAUAAGAAUAUUUAAGGGUUUGUUUACUAUUCGUUUAUUAUUCGUUAUAAAUGUUAAAUAAUUAAUAUCUCUAAUUAUUGUUUACGUUUGUAUCUUAUUUGUAAUUUCAUUAAAAUACAGUUUAAAUUUCAA